CGGAAAAUCUCAAAACGAGGAUUUUUUCCCGAGGUCCAGAACGAAGGUCGGGCGUGAACUCGAUUGUUUUCCUCCUCCUUCGGAGGGCAUCGUCCUCCCGUUCGAGAUCCUCCAAUCUUGGAAGGAUGUAAAUGGUAAGGCGAAAGGUGGAGGAUUCGAAGAAGAAGCAGAAGAAGAAGACGAAGAAGAAUAAUAUAAAAGCAUCAAGGAAGAAUUUACAAGACUCGAAGAAUUCGGUUUUGAGGAAGCUUGGAUCGAGGCAAGGGUUGAGAAGAUCUCGCGAUAUCUUGGAACCUUGUGUCGUUGUGCUUUUCGUGUCGAUCCACGAUUGCAACCAUGGCGGAGAAGAUGUACUACUGGGGAGAGCAAAAGGAUCAAGUGGAUCCGGAUCAGACUUUCAUAGAGUUCAAGGCCAAGUCGGUGGGCUCGAGCAGGGGGAGAGAAACGUCUCACGCCGCUGCUAAAAUGACGGUGUCCACGUCGCAGGGCAGGGCGACGGAAGUCGGGAAUCGUGAAGAGGACACGGAACGAGGGGGAUGGGAUAACAAGUUGGAUUUCCUGUUCUCGUGUAUCAGCGUCUCGGUGGGGCUUGGAAACGUGUGGAGGUUUCCGUAUUUGUGCUACAAGAACGGGGGAGGCGCUUUCCUCAUCACUUAUGGAAUUGCUAUGGUGUUCUGUGGUAUUCCAAUAUUCUUCCAAGAAGUGGCAAUCGGCCAAUACCUUGGAGCUGGAGGAAUGACUUUGGUGGGACAAUUGUGUCCUUUGUUGCAAGGGGUUGGAUACGCCACUAUGACGAUCGUAUUCUUCCUAGACGUUUAUUACUGCAUCAUCAUCGCCUGGACGCUCUUCUAUCUUAUAAGCACUUUCGUCAAUAUACCUAACGUACCUUGGAAGGGUUGCGGAAAUUGGUGGAAUACCGAGGAUUGCUUCGACGGCCUCGAAAAGAUCGAGGAAACGACAGAUCUUGUUAAUUCGAAUAACACGAAUUCCACGUACAACAACGACAACGUCACUCUUCUUCAUCACGCUACACCGGUCGAGGAAUAUUGGGAGAUCGGAGGGAUCCAAUGGGAACUGUUAGGCUGUCUGGUCAUCGGCUGGCUCCUCGUAUAUUUCAUCAUCCGGCGUGGUCUCCACCAGAGUGGUAAAAUUAUUUGGUUUUCAGCUUUGUUCCCCUACGUGGUGCUUUUUAUUCUUUUGGGAAGAGCGGUGACGUUGGAGGGCAGCUACAACGGCUUGCUGUACUACGUCACGCCGAGGUGGGAGGAAUUAUUGUCGCCUGGCCCAUGGAUCGACGGGGCCACGCAAAUUUUCUUCGCCUACAGCAUCGGGACUGGAGCUCUGCCCGCUCUCGGAUCGUACAACAAGUUCCAUCACAAUUGCUACAAAGACGCAUUGAUCACGUGUGUGGUGAACACGUUAACCUGUCUACUGGCCGGUUGCGUCACUUUCUCCAUCCUGGGCCACAUCGCGUUGGAACAGGGAACAGAAGUGGCCAAGGUGGUUAAAAGCGGCCCAGGCCUCGUGUUUCUCACUUAUCCAGAGGUGGUCCUCAAGCUUCCCGGCGCCUCCAUGUGGGCCAUCAUCUUCUUCGUGAUGCUCCUCAUACUCGGGAUCGACAGUGAAUUCUGUAUCGUGGAAUCGUUCAUCACAGGGGUUGUCGACAAUUGGCCCGACCUCUUACGCCCCCACAGGAACAAGUUCACCAUUGCCAUUUGCUGUCUCAUGUUCCUUUUGGGCCUUCCCAUGGUGACCAACGGUGGCGUUUACAUAUUCCAAUUAAUGGAUUUCUACUCGGCGAGCGGAAUGUCGAUUCUCUGGGUCUGUUUCUUCCAAACGAUAGCUAUAUCUUGGAUAUUUGGAGCGAAAAAAUUCUGCGAUUGCAUACAUCAGAUGAUGGGUAUACGAUUGAAUAACUUCUGGUAUAUUUGCUGGGUCGUGUUUGCACCAGUGAUCAUGGCUUUCAUCUUCGUGUUCCAAUGCGUUCAAUACAAACCUCUGAGAUAUGGAAACAAUUACGAAUAUCCGACGUGGGCGGAGGUGAUAGGCGUUUGUCUCAGUUUGUCAUCCAUGAUCUGGAUCCCUGUUUACGCUAUAUAUUACGUGGUCGUUACACCAGGAUCCAUAAAAGAGAAUAUUAUGAAAGGUUUGAAACCGAACAUAAAAUCACAUCCAAAAUUACCGAAGGGGGAGAAAUCGGCAGUGAUACCAAUGUCGGAGAGCAGCGCGGGAUUGAUCACGAAGAACAACAGUUUCCUAAGUCAAACAUGAUCGCCGUAAAAAUGGCUUCCUUAUUUCUUAUUAGGUUGUAAUUAACGUAAGUGUAGUAUUUUCAACGAGAUUUAUUAAUCGAAGUAUUAAUAAAUCGGACAGAGUUGCUCGAUUCAUUAGGAAUUCGUUUCUUUUGAUUUCGAUAAAAUUAAAAUUCAAAGAAAAUCGAAUCAAUUUCUUCGAAGCAAAAAAAUAUAUUUCAACCGUAAAAGUUCUUUUUGAUCGACAAUACUUUCGAGAUGAAUCAAAAUAAAGAAGAAGAAAAAUAACAAGUUGUAUGAAUAUAUAAUGAAAUUCGAGCAAUUACUGUGCGAAUAAAAAAAUACUCGUUCCUUCUAUAUUAAACGAUGGUACCAC